AUGAACGCCACCCCCCAGCGCGAAAGCUGCGAAGAAAGAGACCCCACACAGGCUACAGCUAUCCAAUGGUAUGAGGCUCAAUUUGACGACCCGGCACCCUCCGAAAUGUGGCAGCCACCGAAAAGACGUAAAAUGUCCAACCUUGAAACGGUAUUGGAAACCGCGAACCAGGAAAUCCAUAACAUUUUCAAGGCGGAGCAUGCGCGGAGAGAGGCACUGGAGGAAGAAGUGCAGAACCUGCAUACGGAAAUGACUAGGAAGAACGAGCUCGUUGACAAGCUUGAGACCGAAGUCCGUGAGCUGAAGCAUCAAUGUCGAUGCCAGAUCUGGUAUACCAUCCCGUCAGGGUGGCGGACCCUUCUGUGUGGACAUCGGUAUUGCCCGGAAUGCGCGCCCCCCCCCAUUGAUAAAACCUGCGGAACGUGUCGCCAGGUUGUCGGAGGUAACUCCACCUGCAUUGACCCUCAGUUUUGUGUAAUGGAGGACGAGCUGGGACGGAAGGAUUUUGACCCAGAAUGGAUUAGGGCCAGUCGUGAUAACGAGAACCAGCACCAAGCGAAGAUUACUAUGAGGGAAAGACAUGCACGCAAGUUGACCCUAAGGCUUUGA